AUGGCCAAUGAGUCUGACCACAAGGCGGGAUCCACCUGCUCAGAUACUCACACAGAAGAACCCUCAGGUCCAUCAAAAACUCCUUCAGCCAAAGAGGUAAAAUCGCUGGCUACAAAACAGGACAUUCAAGACCUUCUACACAACAUGCAGCAGAUGUUUCAGGCUGACAUUAACACAGUCUGGAUGACCGAAGCCAGCAAACUAACCUCAAAAAACAUGGUAUCCCCGACACUGUCGACUCAGGUAAGCUACCACAUUACUACCGCCGGCUAUCCAAGCUAGGAAAAUCAGAUUGACAAUUUUUGGGGAUCAACAAAUCCUCACGGGCCCCCACCUCAGCCACUCGGGACUCAGUUGUCAUAUGCCAAUCCCUGACAGACAAAACUCCCAUCAGCUUCGAGACUGAUCAACUAAUGUUCUAUCAGGAUUUAUCAAGAAACACACUACAAUGGAGAAGGACUGUGAGCCCCAUCACCAGUCAUCUGAGAAGCGCAGGAGUUUUGCGGUAGUGAAAGAUGGCUCCCUUGUGCGACUGACUUCUAUGUCGGAAGCUGACACUUUUCUCCAGGCCCUGGGUUUUCAGAGAAACGUUCUCAUCAUCGACAGCUGCACACACCUGGGACCCAGAGAGAACAGCACCUUUCAUCCCUAG